CAAUAAGAACGUACGAAAGUGCAGAACAAACGAACCAUAGUCGAUUUUGUUGUAUGUAAACAUUUACGCACAACAUUUAGUUUCAUUCCGCUACGUGCACUCUUGCUCUUGGUGUGUGUCGAACAAACAACCCAAUACCCCACCCACAAUAAAAAGCAUAGCAGCCAGAAGCAGCAGCAGCAGCAAGUGUUGGGGCUUAACACAGCAGCUCAAGGAAACAAGUGUGACAACGGUGAAGAAGAAUUUGAAAUUCACCACUGAGUGUGUGAAACAAGUCACAAUUGCGUGUGUGGGAUAGAUGACGGACGGGUUCUAGAGUUUCCGUUUCAGUUGCAUGGUGACUUGCACAAACAACGGGUGUGUUAGUCUUAUCUGCGGAAUUUUUUUUUCUCUCAAACGAAAACGCCACGAACGUUCGAUUAGCAAACAACAACACAAAAAAAGCUAAAUAACGGUAACCAUUGAAAUAAAAGCAAAGGCUUCCACAAAAGAAUAUAAAGCUAAAGUGAAGGAAAAUUUAAUGCAAUUAAAAACCAACAAAUAAGAAAAUUAAAAAAUUAUCUUCUAAAAAGAGAUUUUUCGCGUGUGAAUGUUAUAAAACGGCAAGAGUUAUAAAACCUCAAAGAAAUUUUAUUGCAAAGCAAAAUUGAUUUGAUAAUCGAAAUAGAAAAUAAAGGAGUGUUUACAAGUGAAAUCUAAAAGCCUAACAAGAAAAAUGUCAAAAAUUGCUAUUGUGCUAAUUUUGUGAAAAAAGCUACUGCAAAGAAAAAAGUGUUUUGAAAAAAUGUGAAUUUUAGUGAAUUUCGUGAGUGAAAAAGGAAAUUAAAGAAUUUACCUAUCCAUUCAUUUUCCAAACAAAGUUAAUAAGCCUCCCCUCCGCUAAACAACCAACCACUCCAAAGUGAGGGAAAACGAAAACAAAGUUAUUUAUGGAUAAUUAAUUGAAUUUCCCUUCAAGUUGCAAAAAAGUACCAAAAAGGAUGACACUUUUGAACAGGUCUUAAAUUAAACUCAACAACACAAGAGAGGAGUAGAGUGGAAGACAACAUCAAACGAAAGCAAAGCAAACCCAGAAUUAAAAAAAAGAGAGGCAAAGAAGCCAAAGGGAAAGAUUGAAGGCAACUGAAAGUGACAAAAUUUCACGAAAUAAGAAAGGCAAAAAAAAGGGAAUUGUUGCUGUUGUUUGGUUUGGUUAACAAGUUACAAGAAACGGUAACACUUGGUGAAGAAAAAAUAAAAAAAUAAAACAGAGAAACCAAAAACCAGAACACUGCUUAUGAAGGCCAAACCAUAUUGGUAAGCAACAAUAAGAUUCCAAAGAGCACCCAGUAAGAGACACAGAGAGAGAGAGAGAAAUUUGUCUUCUGCUGAAAACAAAGGAUUUUGGUUUGGUCACAAAAAACCUCAAAAGAAAAGGAUCUUCUAAAGGAAUGUGUUGCAAAACAAUUUGAUAGUCUUUGCUAUGGUUUCUCAUACCCUAGAAGACUCCCUCAAGUUGUGGGUUUGAAAAAGGACAGAUAGACAGACAGCAGGAUCUAAGAAAACAACUAAACUAUUGUCUCAACAACGCCAAGCGGAAAGAGAGAGAGAGAGAGAGAGGGAACGAGAGCAAAUACCUCCUGCUGCAUUUAUAUUUCCAUUUUAGUUUUGGUUUUUUUUUUUUGUGCGUUGUCUCUCCCGAUGUUUUCCCUUUGUAUUGCUGCAGUGUUUGUUUUUGCCAAGUUCUGUUAGUUUCAUUACAAGUCGCUCGCUGCGUUGCCGCCCACCAAGGCACACUUUGAGUCAUCCAGAUGCCCUCAAGCCAACAGGGGUAUAGUUUACAUUUAGUUUACUUUUGCAUGAUUUGACAGCAACGACAGCAGCAGUAGCAAAACAAAAAGGACAUACUAAGAACGAACGAACAAACGAACGUCAUCAUUGUCACAACAGGAUAAAAAACAAUUACCCCACAAAAGGACCCUAGACAAAAGGCAACGUCCUGUCCUUUGGAUUGUGUGUGGGUGUGUGUGUGUGUGACAAAAUCAUAGAAAGCCUUGUCAUAGGACAUCAGAAAAUCAUCUGACGUCCGUCUGAGCUGAAAGAUAAACGCAGGGCUUUAAGACGUCAUGAGAAAAACGCAUGGGGGUGAUGCAGCAGGCAUAUCCAUAACACCCAUUGCUGCAACCACAACUUUGAAGUUCUUGAGGACAGCAAACAACAACAACAACGAGACAAACAAGGCCAAUAGAGACAAUAUGUUGGGUCCAACUAACACAGACCCCAGGCUAGCAACAGAGAACUCCUGCGCAACAACAACAGCAGCAGCUCAAUAUCAACAUUAUCACAGCAAUGACAAUUGUGACAAAACAACAUAUCACGGCAACAACAGCAACAACAAAUCCAUACAACAACAUGAUAUGUUGUCCCUAAAGGACAAUGACAACAACAUAGCCUUGCAAAUGAAGAGCAGAGGCAACGGCAACCAACACACUGGCAGUCUAACACAACACCAGACAAUACAGCAAACUAGUCGCCUUGAAGGAUUCAAUCAACAGCAGCACAACAACAAAAAGCAUGCCUCAACACCUCAUAUGAAGCAUGCCACAGCAACAGACCAGCAUACUGCGAACAACGACAAAACGACAAUGGAAUCUCACAAAACACACAGUGCACAUACUCCCCCAUCUACGGCUGCGGCUGCUGCCACCACCUUAAGAAGCAAUGCAACAGCCAACUCUUCCAACUCCAACUCCUCCUCAUCCACCAUCAACACCUCCAACGCAUCAACAAUAGCAACAACAAAGCCACCUGCAUCAUUCCAUAUAAAAUCGCUUAUAGCCUCUGCCAGCCCCAACAUAAGCAACAGCAGCAAUUGUGCUGCUUCAGCGAAAUCCUCUUCCUUGUCACUGCUGAAUGUAUUCUUCUUUUUGAUAUGCCUAAGUUCGCUGGCCUUCUCGCUCUAUGCGAAUAUUCGACAGACGCAUAGCGAACAUUCGCUGCGGCAUUUGCGGCUAAUCGAUGAACGCCUUGAGGACAUGGAAAUGCAAUUGCGGCUGCAGCAACAGCAAUUGCAGCAAUUCUCCGCCGAUAUGGAAUUGCAACGCAAACGUCUCUCACAAACGAUGUUCACCAAUGCAGCGGACACAGAGGCAACGGAUGAUGAUGACGAAGAAGUCGAUGGUGAUGAAAUUGAUGAGGAAUUCGAUGGCAAUCCGGAGGACUCCAUGAGUGUUUUGGACAAUGCCGGUGAUUAUGCUGUCGCAGAUGUUAUACCACCAUUUGGUCGUCGUAAUCGUGGCCUCAAUUCCGUGCUCAAUUUGGACAAUUCGAAAGAUGUCAACCAGGCCGUGCGCCUGCUGACACGUCAAGUGGGGGAACUACAUCGUCUGAGACGUGAUGUUUCCCAAUUACAAUUAAGCAGACGCCAGCAUACGCGUCGUCAAACAGGAGGCGGUUCCGGUGCGGGUAUUUCAUCGCAUGAACGUUUAACUAACUUCCAGGAUUGUGGCUGUCAAGCAGGACCACCAGGCCCUCCUGGACCACCAGGCAAACGGGGGAAACGUGGCAAAAAAGGCGAUCAAGGUGAUAAAGGAGAACCGGGUAUCAAUGGUUUCAAUGGUGAAAAAGGUGCUCCAGGAAGACCGGGUGAUAAGGGCUCCAAAGGAGAUGUAGGUCAUCCGGGCAUUGAUGUUUUCCAAACUGUUAAGGGUCUUAAAAGAUCAGUAACGACAUUACAUGGCGGUACUUUAGGCUAUGCGGAAAUAGUAGCCGUUAAGGGUGAACCUGGUGAACCCGGUCCACCUGGACCUCCAGGACCACCUGGCGAUUUAGGCUCACCCGGUCUAAAUGGCGAACGAGGGCCACCUGGCGAAACGGGGCCUGCGGGCCCUGCCGGACCUCCAGGAGAACCGGGACCAAUAGGACCAGCAGGUCCUCCCGGUCCAGCGGGAUUGAAGGGCGACAAAGGUGACCGAGGCGAUCGUGGCCUUACCACAACAAUCAAUGGUGAUGAAUUUCCAACAGGCAUUAUCGAAGGUCCACCCGGACCUCCAGGACCACCAGGACCACCUGGUGUACCUGGCGACAGAGGUGAAGCUGGCCCUGCUGGUCCUCCUGGACCCCCUGGCGAGAAAGGACCACGUGGAAAACGUGGCAAGCGGAUAUUUGGACCUGGUGGUGCUAAAGAUGAAGAUUAUGAUGAUCCUCCGGUUACAUUACUACGUGGUCCUCCCGGCCCACCUGGCAAUCCUGGCAAAGAUGGUCGUGAUGGCCGCGAUGGUGCUAAGGGCGAGGCUGGUGAGCCCGGCGAACCUGGCUCAUUGGGUCCCCGUGGCUUAGAUGGUUUGCCAGGAGAGCCUGGCAUUGAAGGACCUCCUGGGCUGCCUGGUUAUCAAGGUCCACCUGGCGAGAAAGGUGAUCGUGGUGAUAUUGGUCCUCCCGGACUUAUGGGUCCACCUGGACUGCCAGGACCUCCCGGCUAUCCUGGUGUGAAAGGUGACAAAGGCGAUCGCGGUGACUCAAAGUACAGAAAAAUGCGUAGACGUCAAGAUGAUGGUAUGGCCGAUGCACCCCACCAUAUGCCCACUAUUGAAUAUCUUUAUGGCCCUCCCGGUCCUCCUGGCCCCAUGGGUCCACCAGGCCAUCCAGGCAAGACAGGUGAAAGGGGCCUGGAUGGUCGUAAAGGAGAUCCCGGCGAGAAGGGUACUAAAGGUGAUCAAGGUCCCAUGGGCUUACCGGGUCCUAUGGGCAUGCGUGGUGAUUCGGGACCAAUGGGUCCUUCGGGCAAGGCUGGUCUGCCGGGACCACCUGGCCUUGAUGGUAUGAAGGGUGCUCAAGGUGAAACAGGCUUAAAGGGUGAACGUGGUGAUCCCGGACUACCGGGUACUGAUGGCAUACCCGGUCAAGAAGGCCCUCGAGGUGAAAAAGGCUCUCGGGGUGAUCCUGGUCCCCCAGGCAAGCGAGGACGCAAAGGUGAUCGUGGCGAUAAAGGCGAACAAGGUGUACCCGGUUUAGAUGCACCUUGCCCAUUGGGUUCUGAUGGUUUACCAUUGCCAGGUUGUGGUUGGAGACCACCUAAGGAAACGGUUAUAUCAACACCGGUGCACAAAGACUAUUUGCCCGAUGUCACGGGUCCGGAGAGUAAUAAUGCCAGUGAUUAUGAACAAGAGGAGGAGGAAGAGGAACAAAAUGAAAACGAAGAUGAAUACGAUGAAUAUCAAGAUAAUUUACACAACGAUUAAAAUCAUGGCACUGUCAAUGAAAAGCCAAACCAGCAAACAAAAGCCUGAUAAUGCCCCCUUCGUUUACAACAAAACACUAAGGCCUACAUGAUGACUGGGGAGGGGGACUAUGUGAAAAAUAUGACAAAGUGCUAAAAGCCUUUUCAGGCAACGAUUAACAACAUUUUAACCAGAAUUACAAACAGAAAGCAAAACCGUUUCAAAUGAACAGAAAAAAAAAAAACAAUGACAAAACAUGCACAUUGAAGCUGCUUCCCAAGGGGUAUGCCCCACAACCAGCACCACCACUUAAGGCCGCAUUCAUUGCAUUUUUGUUUAAGCCACCAACAACUGCCAAAGGCAACAACCAUUCAACCAAGCACUUACACAUGCCGCUAACUCACGUGUCGCUUAGGCGACCAUUAGCACCUGCUUUUUACACAUUUUCCUGUCUGUAUUUCUCACUGCACCGCCAAACAGUCAGCCAACCAGCCAUGGCAUUCAAUUGCAGUGACAUUUGUAAUUAACAUUUGUCAUGAAUGGACUAAAAAGGGUACUGGGAACCUGGAAACCCUAGGGCUGGCUACCACUACGCUAUUGUAACUUAUUUGCUAUUUUAACUCUAUGCCUUUGAGUAGCUUUACUAAUUCUUUUUUUAUAUGAAAUCUUUUUUUUUUAUUUAAUACAAAAAAACACAACUGCAAACUUUUAAACACCUAGCUAGCACCUUAGCAUCGAUUUUUAUUUUAUAAUUUUUGUCGCUGUUGAUUUGUGUAUGGUGAAGGCUGUAACAUCUAACUCACACAGAAAAUUGGCAAGAAUGGAUUAGAGAGGAAAUAAUACUAAUACUCAAGAGUAUGCCAAAAAUUCGACGAUAGAUUUCUGAGUCAAUCCGAGUAUUUCCUGCCCCCUCUUGUCACUAAGAACACCAUAAAGCUUUAGAUAUGCACCCUUUUGCUAGAGAGAUCGAAUAAUGAGAUCGAAUAAUGACUAAAUGCAGCAGCUUUUCUAAAACUGGACACUACUUUAUAUAUGCAAUAUUUUCUUUCCCUUAUAUUUAUAUAGCAUU